GAGGCUCAGUCCACUUCCCUCCAUCAUGCCUGACUCCUGUCUCCCGUGGUCCCUGAGAGGCACGAAAAUGGCGGGCUGUUGCCAGCCCCUAACGAUUCCUUCUCUGCCACUUCUUUCUCCUCAUGCUUUUCCCAUGUGCAUGGUGGGGUCCCUCCCACUGGACGCAGUCCCACAGGAUAAACCUAUUCCUGCGUGGGCUCUCCACAGGCCACAGUUCCUUCAGGGUAUAUCCUGCUCGGACCUGGGGCCCUCCAUGAGCUCCACCACAUUCCCUCCACAGGCUGUAGCGUGGUUAUCUGCUCCGAUGUGGGCCCUCCACAGGCUGCAGGGUGCCUGAAGCACCUCCUUCUUCUUUGAUUUUACUGUCUGCAAGGCUUUUCCCUCACUCUGUGUGCAGCUUUUUGUCCUUUAUUAUAUUCCCAGAAGCACCACCAGCUUCACUGAGGGGCUCAACUGUGCCCACUGGUGGCUCCCUUGGAACUGUCUGGAACCAGCUGGAACUGUCUGGAACCAGCCAGAACCAGUUUGAACUGGCUGAAACCAGCAGGAACCAGCUGUGUCUGGCAUGGGGCAGGCUCCCGUUGUGUGUUCCUUUCAUCUCCCUUUGGUGCCUGCUGCUUGAACUGGCUUUCUUUCAGAUUUCUGGCUGUUUCCUGCCUUAGGCAUUUUCUCACUGAAAGUGGGUACGUUUAAGUAUCUCUGCGCCUGACAGUUGACAUAUUUAUCUCCUGCUACCUUGCUGGUGAAGAUGCCCUUUUAAGGUUGUUGCAGAAAAGAAAGAAAAAUAGCACCGAUCUAUAGGAUUGUCAGAAGUUGUUAUUUAUUGCUGGGGUAGCAGCAGUUCCAAAAAUGUGUUGGACGCUUCUCCAACUUACAGAGAGAUUUAAUGCUUGUCCAGAAGAACAUGGAAACCAUAUCAUUAGAGUAAUCACACCUUGGGAAUUCAAAAAUAGCAUAGGAAGACUUCCUAAUCCAUGCUUUUUUGACAUGGAGACAGAGAGAAAAUAGGAAGGUUUCCAGGUAACAGAUUUACAAGAGGGGAAAAGUACAAACCCUUCUGCACCACAUGUUACCAUCUAAGCCAGCCAUGAUACAUCAAUGUGAGGUAGAUAUGAAUCGCAAGGUGACAGCAAGUGAAAACAUCCAUCAGGAUGAAGACAGGCUGGGAGAAGAAUGCUAACCACUGGUCCCUAGGAUUGUAUUCUGCUUCCUGAUUGCUUAUCUUAAAGAAAAAUCCCCAUCUGAGAGAGAAAGAGAGAGAAAGACUGUGUGAAAGUAGAGAACAACACACUCCAUCUUAAAAAAGAGAAGAUCAAGUCUGGAGUUUCUCUGACUUCGUCUGAAAUUGUAGGGAUGAUCAAUUUGUUUAAGAAACCUUACAAGAAAAAAGCAGGCAAAUUCCAGCCUUUCAAGAAGCUCUUCGGCAAGCGGAAGAAAAGGGAGCCCGCCUCAGACUGCGAGGAAGCCAAACUGAAGCCGAGCCACUCCUUUGGGAACGUCUGCAACGGCGCCUUCUCCUCCGAUGAAGAGCCCAACGGUGGUCUGAGGUCUUCCCAUUAUUAUAUGGGCAGUCGAGCUUUCUCCCAUGACAGUAUUUUUAUACCUGAUGGGAGAACAGAGAGCGAACAGACCGUCCAAGCAAUGUCACAGGAGAACGUUUUAGGAAAAGUCAAAACACUGCAGCAACAGUUGGCCAAGAAUAUAAAAUUUGGGCAGCCUCCACAAAUGACAAUUUCUGGGAGGACAAUGGGGGAGGCAAGUGCUAGUGUAGAAGAGGAUGUAUUGCUCAGUAGCCCCAUGGAGACUGACACUCAGCAGGACACAGUGCUCUCAGAGAGUGGCAAUAAAUCAACUGACGCUCCAGAUCUGUUGAGAACAAUGAAUUUGCCCAGAGGAGGACAUGAAGUGGAAGAAAAGGUCACUCCAGUCAGACCAUCUCGGCCAAAAAGACAAUUUUCCUGUUCUGGCACGAUUGAAACAAUCAAUCUGGAUGCAGUUCCCCAGGCUGUUGCUCGUCUAGACAACAGUGCAGCUAAACACAAGCUGUCAGUAAAGCCAAAAAAGCAGAGGAUGUCAAGAAAGCACAAGAGAUUAACAAAGGGAUCACAAAGUUUAACGAUAACAGAAUUUGAGCCAGAGGAUCUAGAAACUGAGCUGUAUGCAGACAGAUACCCCGGUUAUAACGGCCACUUCACAGCAGACAAGCUAAUCCAGAACAGAGAUGAGCCAAAGCAGCUUCCACUGGCAGAGGAGAAAAGAAUUGAAGAUCACUGGGGGAUCCUUGAGGCCGAAAGGAUAAGGCAGAUUGUGGAAAUGGAAGAACAAAGGGAAAUGGAAGAACAAAGGUGCCAAGAGCGUGAGCAGAUGCAGAAAGAGCAGGAGAGGAGGGACUGUGAAGAGGAGAGCGGGCAGAAUCUCCUUGAAGGAGAGACGUCUUUGAAAACAGAAGAGCAAGCAUGCCAGGAAGAAGAGAGAAGACUGCUGGAGGCAGAAAAGAGGCAAGAGCUGGAGGAGCAGAGGCAGAAGGAGUUGGAAGAGCAACAGAGACGAGAGGUGGAGCAGCAGAAGCACAGGAAAUGGGACGAGCAAGAGAGACGGAAGCUGGAAGAACAGAAGCACAGGGAAUGGGAUGAGCAACAGAGACAGGAGCUGGAGGAGCACAAACACCAGGAACAGGAGGAGCAAAAGAGACGAGAGCUGGAGGAACUUAAGCACCAGGAAGAGGAGGAGCAGAGCCAAGAGCUAGAGGAGCAGAAGUUCCAGGAACAGGAGGAGCAGAGAUGCCAGGAGUUGGAGGAGCAGAAGAGGCAAGAGCUAGAGGAGCAGGAGCACCAGGAAUGGGAAGAGCAGAGGCACAAGGAGCUGAAGGAGCAACAGAGACAAGAGCUAGAGGAGCAGAAGAGGCUAGAGCUGGAAGAACAAAGGCAACAUGAGACUGAAAAACAGCGUCAAGAGGAAGAGGAAAGAAAUCAGCUGGAGGAACAAAAAGAACUCAAGGAACAAAAGAAGGAAGAAAAACAGAGACAAGAGCUAGAAGAGAAAGAACUUCAAGAAGGUGAAAUAAAACUGAAGCAGGAGAAGGAACUUGAGAGCCUCAAGCAACAGAAGAAACAGGAGGAACAAAGGCAGCUCUUGAAGGAGAAAGGAGAAAAGACAGAGGAGGAACAACCCCAGCAAUUACUGGAGAAGAAACAGAAGCGGGAAGAGCAGAGAAAACACAAGCUCACAAAACAAAUGCACUUGGAAAGUACAGAUAUUAUGCAACAAGAUGAACUGAAGCAACAAAAGGAACAAAAUGAACAGGAAUGGAGCAAGCUGCAAGAGCAGAAGACAGAACCAGAAGGAAAAGAUCUUCAACAAAAGCAACAAGAAAAAUCCUUGGAGCAGCAACAGGACAAGGAUCAGCUGCGUUCCGGAGGGGCUGACAGGCAUCCAGUGGAGGACAAGCUGCAAGAAAGACCAAGACCCCCAAAACUCAAACAGACAGAAAAAGGGAACAAAACAGCAGAAGAAAUCCUAGCCCAGAAGCUGAAGAGAGAAGUUGAUGCUCAGGAACAAAAGCGAAUAGGGGAAGAACUCAGGUGGCAGGAGGUAGAUGAAAGACAAACUGCAUCCAGACCCUUCACGUUCCAGGUGUCUUCUGGAGAUAAACAGAUCAUAUUUCAGAAAGUAAAUUUGAGUCCAGUCAUGCCUGUCAAGGGAGCAGGACUCUCUUCCCCUUCCCUCAAAGACUGCAGGGUGCACACCUCCAGCAAGGGCUCCCACACACUGCCCUCAUCUGUGUGUGUGCCGCACACAGCUAUUUUGGUUACUGGAGCGCAGCUGUGUGGCACAGCAGUUAACCUGAACCAGAUAAAGGACACGGCUUGUAAGUCAUUACUGGGCUUAACAGAAGACAGAAAAAACAUGGAUAUUCCUUCACCAGAGAAGGCCCAGGAAAAAAAGACAGGUACCAAACCCGCCAACAGUAAAAUGAAAUAUGCACAAGAGACACUGGACCAAGCCACGCUAGCUGAGUGGGCCUCUAUCCGCUCCAGAAUCCUGAAGAACAAAGAAAACAGCAAAUACAAUGAGAAAGACAGAGUAAGCGGCUGCAGGCACAGCGAUGACUGGACGCCCCGAGGGCGAGGUGCUCCCCAUGGUAACUUGAGGAAAACCCUAUCUGCAAAUGCAAAGUUCUCAAUAACACCAGCAUGGCAGAAGUUUUCAGAAGCUUCAAAAGCCAAUUUGGACACUGAGAAUGUGAGUGCAGCGAAAGGCAGUGAAACAGUGGCUGUGGGAAGAACCACUGGCUCAUCUGCUGACCUGACUGGGGAGGUGGCACCCACUUUUAAGGACAGCUUAGCUGAAACGGCUAAAGAGAAACUGGAAACCCGCAGUGAAAUUACAGACAACACGGAAGGCUGUAAAUUUGCAAAAGAUCUUCCAUCUUUCCUUGUUCCAAGCUUUCCUCAUCCUCCGGGUAAAGAAUUACCCCAGUCAGAACCUCCAGGUGCGCUGGAAAAUCAGCAGGGUAACAGCACAAAAAAACCUGAUAAACCAGCACCAAACGGAGAAGAAAACGUUUCUCCUUUUGGGAUAAAGUUACGGAGGACAAACUAUUCCUUACGUUUCCAUUACGAUCAACAGGCAGAGCAAAGGAAGAAGAAAAGAUACAGUGCAGGAGACAGUUUUGAUGGUGUGCCUGACCCUCUGCUUACGACAGAAGGUGAAAAAGAACCCACUGUUUUUGCUCCACAAGAGAGCACGUCCCCUGGCAUGGGAAGAGCCAAUGUCCGUGGGAAUUUAAAAGACUCCAAAGACUCUUCAGUUACCGUGAUAGAGCUUUCACAGCCAGCGGGCACACCACUGCCAGCCCCCAGCCAGGGCGCUUUACCUCCUCACGAGAAACCAGCAUGCAAAUCACUGGCCCCACAGAAGCCUGCGCUAGCUCCAAAGCCUGCCAGCCAGACGCCGCCGUCGUCUCCUCUCUCGAAAAUGAACCGCUCGAACCUGGCUGAUACGCUAGGGCAGAGGUUUAUUAAAGCUGAAUCGGACGGUAGCUGGAGAAGAGAAGACAGAGCGGUGCCCCCCACGGCACUGAGUGAGAACAAAAAUGAAGAGGAAGAAAUCAGAGAAAAGAAGUCAUUUUUCCCAUCUCUAAGUAUUCCCUGGAGAGAAAAGAAUGACAAAAAGCCUGAGCCAUUGAAGAAAGAAAAACCAGUCCUCCAGAGCAGGCACUCUUUAGAUGGCUCUAAAUUGAUGGAAAAAGUUGAAACUUCACAACCACUUUGGAUUACAUUGGCGCUACAAAAGCAAAAGGGAUUUCGUGAACAGCAAGCUACUAGGGAAGAGAGGAGACAAGCCAGAGAAGCAAAGCAAGCAGAGAAGCUGGCUAAAGAAAAUGCGGCUGUGAGUAAUCAGUCAGAUAACAAAAGCAGCAGCAGCAAAACAAGCACACUGCAGAAAUCUACGCCUCAAGAAGGGGAGAAGAAAAUUGAGUCUGCUGUGUCAAAACUAGAAAGAAGGGAGCAGCUGAAAAAGUCUAAUACCCUUCCAACAUCUGUGACAGUGGAGAUUUCCGAUUCUGUUCCAUCAAACCCGCUGGCAAAAGAGGUGGCCAAGAGAUUCUCCACGCCUGAUGCUAACCCUGUGUCAACAGAACCAGCCUGGCUUGCGUUAGCCAAAAGGAAAGCAAAAGCCUGGAGUGACUGUCCACAGAUCAUAAAGUAAACUAUAACAUUAUGUCUUAUUGCUGCCUAUUAAUUGCUUUCUUUUUAUUUAUUCAGCUUUUUACACAUGACAAAACUGAAAAUGCAUGUAUUGAAGAACUGAAAACUGAACUGAUACCGUUUUGCUCUAGCUCACUGUAAAGUGUACUCAAGUCAUAUAUUCCACUGCUUUGACAAAUAGCUAAAUGAGGUCACAUGCAAAUUUCAGAGCCAGUCUCUCUCAAAAAUUCAAGAAUGCUCAGACACUGGAUGUCAAUUUUAGCCAGUAUCAUCAUAAGAGGCAGAACUUAAGAAGCUCCUUAAAUUCUCUGAGUAUUUGGUUCUGCGAUUUUAGAUCUCUACUGUUAAGUGGAGAUCUCAGAAAAGCUUUUCAACACUCCAUUGUUGAAAAUUUAUGCAAGAUGCAUGUUCCCUUCUCUUAUUCCUAAAUUUUCUUAAGUGUUAAACUGUAUGAACUGUCAGUUCUACCUGCUAUUUGGAAGCUUCUUACCUAAUGAACUUUGGGAGACAUCUUUCCACCUGCAAAUGAUAAAUAAGAAGGACCAUCCAAAUGCUGAGGUAAUUUCCUUCAUCAUAGCAUUAACAUAUUACAUUUAUAUUCUCUCACUCCUAGGAAAAAAAAACAAACAAUUUAUCCAACUUCAUAAAAAUUACUAGUUAAACAGAAGUCAGAAAGUUUUCAGAAAGAAGCCUCUAUUCUUUACAACUACCUGAACGGAAGCUGCAGUGAGGAAGGUGUUGGUCUUUUUCCUCAGGUGACAAAUGCUAGGAUAUAAGGAAACAGUCUCUGUUGUGCCAGGGGAGGUUUAGGUUGGUCAUUGGGAAGAACUUCUUCACGGAGAGGGCGGUCAAGCAUUGGAACGGGCUGCCCAGGGCUCUGAUGGAGUCCUCAUCCCUGGAGGUAUUUAAGAGAUGUGUGGACAUGGCACGAAGGGACAUGGUUUAAUGGUGGGACUUGGUAGGUCAGGUUGGUGGUUGGACUUGGUGACCUGGAGGGUCUUUUCCAACCUGGAUGACUCUGUAAGCCAGAGGCAGUGUUUAUUCAGGUUGUUUAGCGCAGCACUGUUUGUGUGCUUGGCCAUGUUUAAGAUGCAUACAGACAGUGAUUGCAGAUUAAAACUUGAAAUCAAUCAUCUGGGACUGAAGUAUGUAGAACUAUUCCUGUGCUCCUGUACUUAUAGAAUUAGUCUCAUCAAGUUCCCACAGGAAUAAGAUUAUAUGACUGAAUUUGACUGAAAACUGAAAGCUCAGUCAGUGGUAUCUCUAAAGUUUUAACUCUGCAUUCUUCCUGAUUUUACUUCAUGUGCAGCUUUAGGUGGUUCAGAUAACUUACCAUACUUUGACCAACACAGCCAGCAGACUUCAGAAAGUGUUUUUGUACCUCUCCCAAGUAAGUGCUUACUUACCCCCCAUCUCGGGUAUCUGCUGUGGCAGAUUCUUUGUUACUUCUCUGUACCUAAAAUAGAAGUGUUCAUUCCCACCCUAUUACAAAAAUGGAAAAAGUCUGUAAUUUUACUAUCCUUAAUAUCCCACAGAAAUAUCUGUCUACAUUUUUAAAGUCAUCCUAGUAAAUAUAAUUGUAACACCCCCAAGUUGUUUUUUACAGGAAAGUCUUUAAAUUUGAACAUCUCUUUGUAAUGAUAAGGCUCAAAGGAACCUUUAAGCAUAAAACAUUUUAAAGGACGAUAUUUUCAUGAGAUAAGUUGCAUCAUUAUAGAUUCACAUACAUUUCAUGGAAGUAUUUUGGUCAAAUUGCUGUAUGCGGCAUGAGUAGCAGCACUUUAAAUUAUGCAGAAAACAGAAUGAAACCUGCCAUAGCCUCCCAUUCCAAAAAUCAAAAAGGGCUUGUCCACGAAAGUCAUUCCUGAAUACUCUAUUUCCUAACAAAGCAAAAACAAAGGUUCGGUAUCAUGGUUACAACAGCACAAACACAAAGGAUGCAUUAGAUUGAGUAGCUGUGCAGCAGCAGGACGUUUUUUUCUUGGGUCUCUUCUAAGCCAUCAGUUUUACCAUUUUAUAUUUAAAACCAGAAUCUCUCAAGUAACUUUUUUUCUCUUAAUAUAAGUAUUUUAAAUGUUUUGUACAGAGAUGGGGCAAUGUUGUUCUCAAAUAUUUGGAAAAAAAUACUUAACAUGUUCAAAGUAAAAAUCUCUGCAAGCUUAUCUGAGAAAGAAUUGGGCCCAUAACUGUUUUUGCUCUGCAAGCACCAUGAAUUAGUGCUGCUUAAGUUUGAUUUACACUUUUUUUUUUCUGAGUUUAUAAGCCUGCACUAUUUGUAAUUACAAGAACUAAACUGCCUGAAACCCGCCUUCAGGAUUAUUUCCUGGGACAGGGAUCCAGGCAGAAAUACAGAGAAGGUGAAGUAAAUCAGGAUUAAAGUAUUUGAAAAAGCAUAAUUAGGUGCUAUUGUGCAUGACAUGAUGAUGCAAUUUUCCAAUACAAUACACUUCUAGCACAUAGAAUAGAGCUUUCAUUAAGGACGGUCUUAAUCUAAAGCUUCAAAGCAGAAGUUGUUUUCAACCAUAAAGGUAUCUAGUGUAAUAAUGGAAACUGUAUUCUGUACAGUACUUGGUGGAAACAUUUCUAAAGUGUACAUGUUUAACAGUGACAUUUCAUGUUAAAUUAACAAAAAUUUGCACUAAAUACCAAUGAAGUGAGGUGUUACUUUGCUUUAUCUUUGUUGCAACCAUUACUGAUAAAGUGUUGGAAAUCUGUAAGAAGAAAAAAAAAAAAACAACAAACCACCAAAACAUUACUACUGACUUUAAAACAGAAAAAAAUGUUUUAAGAACCGAACAAACCACUAUGUAGUAUAUUGUCUCAAUUUUUUGUAACUUAAACACAUGAAAUACCAUUUCUUCUGACAAGGUUAUAUAUGAUUAACCUC